AUGAGUACCUACACUGCAUUGCUGAAACUUUCGAGGCUUGGCGGCGCUACACAAGCGGUCUCCCUCUGCAACUGCAAUGGCAAUGUGCAAGCAUUUAACAUGGGACUAUUCAGCUCAGUGAGGCCAAUGCCCUUACUGCUGAUGGAGACCCAGGAACAGCAUGGUCAACUUGAUGCGGAGCCGCUUUCGUCCUUGGACUCCGAACAAAUCGGAAUAGCUGACCUGGCUGCUACAGCAUCUUGGAAAAGACGGUGGAAACCAUUUCCUUGGUGUUGCGAAGAUCUGAUGGGUUGGAUGUUCAAAUGGCUUGCUGCUUCCAUUCAGAACUGGUAUACCUGGCAAUUUCUAUGGGCAUUGACACUCUCGAGCAACGCCCUGCUGGGAGCAGCUCUGCUACAUGCCCUUUUCCAUGCAGUAUGGCUAAAAGGAGGACGAUGCAACGCAGAUCCCCUGAUCAGAGGUGGUCGAAGAAUCACUGGACGAAAUUUGAAUCUGCUACUUGCACUGUCCUUCACGAAGCCCGCUGGAGCUAUGAUUGGGAGCAACUGUGACCAUAAUAGAUGGACAGCCAAACCGACAACCACUCCUGACGCUAGCAGGAAUGAUGACAUCUCUUUUCUACGAUGGCAGACUGGAGAUUUUUUUCCAGAUGAUGUAGCUAGCUGCUGGCGAAUAUUUGGAGAAGCUGAGACACAGACCCUCGCUGCAAAUAGGCCAGAGCAGGAAGAUCCACCGCCAACAGAGCCGCGACCGCCGCUGCCUGCAAUCUAUGGAAACGGUUCCUUGAAUGAUGAUGACGACUCCUCUAGUGAAACUGACACGAGUCGUACCAGAACACCUCCACCUCGUCCCGGCAAUGAAGACCAGAACGACCACGACACUGACUCCAGGCAGUCCCAAAGCGAAGGCAGCCAACUACGUCGUGAUAUGGAGAGCUGGAAUUGCGAUACACUUCUGCGCGUGUCGCCGAAAGAGAUGUGGAUCGAAGCAUGUGGUAAUCUCCGAUGUUUCUUGGAUGGAUGUGUGACAAUGGAGCAGACAAGCAUACAACAGCCUGAAUCCCACAUCUUGAACCUAUCCGAGCUUGUUGGACCAGUUGGCUAUGACAUUUCUGGAGAACCAGGGCCAAAAAUGGUCGAUGCCAAAGCGGCAGCGCAGUUGUUUAUACCAUGGAGCGUCAACUGGCGACAGAAUCUCCCUGACGAAGCUGAGCUCCAUGAAUCCACAAAGCAGGCCUGUGCUGGCCUCUGCCCGCUCCAGAACACAUGCCAAGAUGACCAACUUCAUGUGGAAAUCUACUCGGAUGGCUCUUUCAGUGGAAAUGCAAACUGUGGUUGGGGAGUUGCAGUCGUUGUCCAUGGCGAAAGCACUGGAUGCAUCUCCCUUAUCACCACCAUUGCCGGCAAAGUCCCCGUCAGUGAAUCUGAUCCUUUCUUCCUUGGAGCAGAUGAAUAUGGUGCCAGCCAAGCAGAACGGACAGCGCUGAUAUGGGGAGCCCUUUGGGCCCUCCAAGACCACAACAUCACACCGUGGGCCAAGCUGACCUUCGUCUUCGACAACACAGCAGCCGGUUUUUCAGCUGGUGGCCUCUGGAAGUUGGGGGAGGAUCGCCUGUCCAGAAACAUGCGAGGAGUACAUCAACUACUUGCUACAUAUCGUAUGCCAUGGAUUGUUAACUACCGACAUCAAAAAAGCCAUCAAGGUCACCCCUGGAAUGAAUUGGCAGACGUCCUGGCAGGACGUGCGGCAAAGGGCCUAGCAGGGGCGACAGAACCGCCCGUCCUGAUUGCUUCAACGCUACAAGAAGCGGGACCAGAAUGGCUAUGGGUACUGGCGUCCCCUGCGAUUACCAAUGUCAUGCCUAUUGAUGGGUCGGGAGCAAUUCGAUGGACGGAAAAUCAAUGGAAGCAAUCUGGCCCAGCGAUUUCAUCCAAGGAGCUGAUCCCAUGUACGACAACUACUCUCAAAGGCGAGCGGGCUCAAAUUAGAACGAGUUGUGUCACCGCCAACACACAGGGUAUGUGCAACAAAUACCCAUUCUUCGAAGAGCAACUCCUUGACAGCUUCAACGUUGUUUGCCUCCAGGAGUCCAAGAUGAAGGAGGGCUUCACCGAAUCCUCCCGAUUUCUUCGCUACGCUUCGCCUUCCAACAAUGUCUGGGGAUGUGAAAUAUGGCUCAACAAAAUCUGGGGAAUUGGACAGACAGCUGGAAAACCGCUCUUGAUUGGCCGAGACGAUGUUCGUGUCUUGAUGUCAAAGCCCCGGAUUCUGGCCAUCGCUAUAGACACCUCCUUGGCCAAAUGCAUCAUAUUGUCGGCCCAUUGCCCACAUCAACUAAGACCUCAUACAAAAAAAAUUUCCUUCUUCAAUGACCUGGAUGAAUUGGCUGCGAUGUUUGCGACCUAUUCUUUGGUUCUCAUCGGUAUUGACCUAAACGGACGCGUGCCGGGCCAAUUUGGAUAUGCCACGGGGACUAUCGAAACGGACCCUCCGGAUGAAAUUGGUGAAAAAUUUGCUGCCUGGGUUGAUCAACAAGCCUUGGCAAAUACCAUCAACUUUCGAAGAUGUGCAUUCUGGACAGGAGCACACCUGGAGGACUUCGACCUGGGCAACAAACAGGAGGAUCAUUUCCCUCUCGCCUUGACUCUUGACUGGCAAUCCAAUAUUGCUGGACCAGAGACAAGAAUACAGCGGAAGCGAAUAGACAAAGCCAAGCUGAAGAGCCCACAGGGUGCAAAGAUCCUGCAAACAGAAUUGGCUGGCUUCCAUGGUCCUGCCUGGCAAGCAGACAUUGAUGUUCACUGCCGAUGUUUGGAGAUGAAAUUGCAUCAGGUAAUUGAUGAGCAUUUUAUUGCACCAUCCAAUGGACCAAGAGCCACGUACAUCACAGCUGCGACUUGGGAUCUUCGUUGUACCAGACUGGCGCUGAAGCGGCGGGUUCACAUGACGAGUUGGGACAAGAAAUGGAUAGCCAUACAAGCUGCGUUCCAGAAAUGGCGCACUGGGACGGAUCUGCUCAGCCAAUGGUGGCACAAACGAGACCUCCUCUAUGAUGUCUACGCAGCUGCAUUGUCCUUUUCGGGCUGGAGGUUGAAACAACAACUCCAGCAAGACAAAAACGCAUACCUUGCUGAUGUUGCAAAGGCAUAUGGCGGGCUCAAUGGUUCUGACAUCCAGAAGAAGCUCAAAUCCGCUGGUAUUGGGCGAAGAAGCAGAGCGACUGGCACCAAGAACCUCAGCCACAUUCACGGACAUGAUGAUGGACGGACACGAAGAGAAGAAUUGGACACCCUAUGGUUGGACCAUUUCUCGAAACAAGAGAUGGGGCAAGUCAUGACCAUUGAUACAUUCCUACAGGAGGCUGCGUCCAAUACAGUGCCUAUUGACGAGCUGUACAUGGAUGUUGACUUGGUGCCAACUUGCAAUGAGGUAGAACGACUCUGCCAGUCCACUGCUACUGGCAAGGCUCCUGGCCUUGACAAUCUGCCUGGCGAACUUUUCUGCGCCGCGCCGCAAGCGCUGGCGAGGUUUUACCAACCCCUGAUGGCCAAGGCUAUUCUGGCCAUUCGGCAACCGAUCCAGUGGCGUGGCGGCCUGCUGCACGACUGCUACAAAGGAGCCGGAAGCGCCACGGACCCAGAUUCGUACCGCUCCCUCUUCGUCUCCUCUGUUGCAGGCAAAAUGUAUCAUCGGCAUCUACGCCAGAGACUUGGCAACUUCGCUGCUGACAACCUGGCAGACCUCCACCUAGGAGCUAAAAAAGGCGCUCCUGUAACCCUGGCGGCGCUGUCAGCCCUGCUGUUGACCAAAUACUGCAAGGCGGACAAAUGGUCAUAUGGAUUGCUCUUCCUGGACAUCAAAUCAGCGUACUAUAGAGUGGUGCGUGAACUUGCAGUUGGCCCUUUGGCGGACGACAGUACGAUCAUCAGGAUUUUCCAAAGAUUUGGGCUUGAAGCAGGAGACCUUCAUGAUCUGAUGCAAACCAUUAAGGAUGGAGGCGUCUUUGCAGAAUGCCACAUGAGCAGCCAUCUUAGGCACCUGGCUAAGGACCUCAUGCACAACUCCUGGUUUGUAACACCGUACAGCAAGGGCAACUGCCUCAGUCGCACCGUCACAGGAUCGCGGCCUGGAGAAACGUGGGCGGAUUUGAUCUUUUCAUUUAUCUUCAAGCGAGUCUUGGAAAGUGUGAGACAAUAUGCGACAGAUGAUGGCGCACUUCUUCAGCUGCCCUUCUCUGGUGAGCAGAUGCCAUGGGGGGUGCAGCAACAAGAAAUGGUGGCUUUCCUUGCAGCAGCAUGGGCUGACGAUGCAGUCUUUCCUACGGCCGGCAAAGAUGCACACGAUAUGGUCCAACAAAUGCAGACCACUGCCAAGGCGGUGAUGAGAGCAUGUUUGGCGCAUGGACUGGAGCCUAAUCUAAAGCCGGGAAAGACUUCAAUCCUUCUAUGUCUCCGAGGCCGAGGUUCCAGAAAAACAGCAACCGAGUUCUUUGGGGAUGGCGGCAAAAGCCUGGUUUGUACAAAUGCGCAGGGUGAAUUUCGCAUCCCCGUGGUCCCACAAUAUAAACAUCUGGGCGGUGUUCUGGAUCAUGGUGGUGAUGGAAUUGCUGAAGCAAGACGCAGAGCAGCUGUUGCCUCAGCUGCUUUUGAGGCCAAAGCUAAGCAGCUCUUCCUGAACAGCCAUAUCGACAAAGAGACCCGCUACAAGCUGUUCCCUGGAACUGUUGUCUCUACCUAUUUCAACCUGGGCCUUUGGACCCCAUUCGGAAAGGCGUGGGACAUUCUCAGCAAAUCAUUUUCCAAAUUGGCCAGGAAACUCCUGCGGCCAGAUGUGGACAGAGACAACUUCUUCCGACUCCCCCCGGCGGUCGUGUUUGAAAAAACUGGAAUCUAUCCCCUCGAGAUAUAUGCGGCUCAAAGACGGAUUGGCUUGCUGAGAGGAAUCAUCAUGGCUGGUGGAGAUGUGUCAUGGGCCUUGUUACAAACCGAGCGGCAAUGGGUCCAGCAACUACAGAUGGAUUUUCACACAGUGCUGCCUUGCGCUGACAGACGGCCAGACUUCACACCUGCAACUUGGCCACUCUGGUGGCACCUCCUCAAGUCCGACUACGACAAGGUCAAAGAUGGAUACAAGAAAGGGGCUGCGUCUGCUUUCAAACAGUACCUGGCCAGAGAAGCUGUCAGGCUUCACCUGGCCCAGAUGCAUCGUGAAGCAUAUCGCUGUACUGGAUACUUUCGUUCAGAGUACCCCUGGGUCUGCGCACCUUGUAGCAAAGGAUUUGGGACGAAAGCAGGAUUGGCAACGCAUUUUUUUGCAGUACACGGUAGGCGUGCAGCAUACCGAUAUACAGCCAGUGGAUCUGUGUGCCGAAGCUGUGGUCGUGAUUUUCAUGGAUACCCGCGGCUGCUUUUACACUUGCGUGCAUCGGUGAAAUGUGUGAUGACCCUACGGUCCCAGGGUCAUCUACUGCCAACACCGCAUCCUGGAAUAGACAGCAGAUUCUGGCGGCAAGCUUGUACCGACCAGUACAAUCCUGCACCUCCGAGACAGGUGCAACCACCAGUGCCAUUUCCGGAAGCAGCAGCAGUGAUGAUGCAUGAGAUCGUGGACCAAGCAUACUAUGACAUUUGCAACCUGUUCUUGGACCUAGGCGAGUUUGAUGACCAGAUCGAUGGCCACGCUUUCCUCCUUGAGGCCUUUGCGAAGUUUCCCCUAUUUCCAGCAGAAUGUUUCCGAAUAGCUGCAAGGAUAAGGGAGGACCUGCGUCAGCUGAAAGAGGCGCAAGUCGUGGCUAUCUGGCCAAUUGAACAGUACAACUGGAUGAUGGACAGCUUGCAGGAGUUUGAGGACCGCUUCACAGGAUUUGCAUUCGAUGAAACAGAUGAGAUGAUUCUGGAUGAUCUAGGCGCUUUCACGCUGGAUACAGACUGGCAUGCGAUGAUUAGACAUCUGGAUAGGCAGAGGCCAUCGCAGGUGACCCCUGAAGUUACAUUUCGGCUGAGCUGUGAUUGGGAAGCAGGCUUUUCACAACCCAGUAAUGUAAUGGAUGUGCCUGCCCUGUGUGAGGUCUCGCACUCUGCCAAACUUUUGAGAAGAGUUUGGGGGCGCAUCGUACAGGGGUAUCCAACAUACCUAGCAGCCCCAGCGACCUUCCGACAACAUGCGCUUUUUGCGCCUUUCAAGGCGGCUGCUGAAGGGCAUCGCCUUUACAUCAUUGCAACAUAA